GCUUUGCGGCGCGCGGCGGCCGUACUGAGGGUCCAUUUUUCCGUCGCGCCCCGCGGCCCGAGGAUGUGGAGCGGCAGUGGCGCUGCCCCCGUGGCUGCAGCCCAGCCCCGGCGGGAGCCCGAGGCCCCGCGCGGCUGAGGCGGCAGGCACGGAGCGAGGAGCGGCCCCGCCGAGGAUGAGCGCGGGCUGCGGGCCGGAUCCCCCUCGCAAGAGAGCGCGGCCGAGCCCCGGCGCCCGGGAGGGGCCCGGCGGCCUCAGCCCCGCCAGCGCCGUGGGGAACAAAGUUUGUAAACAGCGGACAAUUACCACUUGGUUGGAGAAUAAAGGACCCAAGACAACAGAGUCCAAAAGCCUACACAGCAAAAUUAAUAACAACACUGAAGCAAAUCCCAAGAUGACUUCUAUUAAAAAAGAGAACUUUUGUGAACAUGAUGUGGAAAAGCUGGAGAAUAGUUGUCAGCAGAAUUAUUCAGAAGUACCUGUGGAAGUUGGUGUAAAGCAAGUAAAUUUGCUUCAGACAGGCAGCAUGAGUAACUGGGAGGCCAAGGACAAAGAUCGGGGCUUGGACACAGAGCCGGAGAAGGAGACACAGUCUGGAGACCUCUUUAAAAACGCCAACAUCAAUCCAUUGCGCAAAGCUGGCACACAGGCUCAAAGUGGCUGUGAAGAAAGCAGUGACAAUUGGACACAGAGGAAAUUCUCAUCAGGACGGUCCUUGAAAACGGGAAAUACAAAAUUUUCUUUGAAAGAUGCUGAUACAGAUGGACAACUGGCUUCAUGCAACUCGCAGAAGCCAAAGAGUAGCACUUCUGUCUGUUUAACAGGUCAACAAGAGGGGGAUGUAGUUCCAGAAAGUCCACUUUCAGAUGCUGGUUGUGAUGCUUGCAUAUCUGAUCUUGGAGAUCCUGAGAAACUGAGGAAAUGUCAGAGCAGUUCAGGGGAUUCACCUGCUUUUGAGAAAGAAAGUGAACCGGAGUCGCCGAUGGAUGUAGAUAAUUCAAAAAAUAGCUGUCAUGGGUCAGAGGCUGAUGAGGAAACGAGUCCAUUUCUUGAUGAGCGAGAGGAGAUUAAUAUGUCAAAAUCCAUAAACAAAUCCUUUAGAAUUCAAUAUGGAGAUGCUGAACUGGAGUCAAGAAAGUCACGUUUUUCAGCUAAAGUCUGUGAAAGCUUUGAGGAAAUAGAUAAUUCUGUCAAAGAGGAUGGUCUGCGUACAAAGUCACCCGGGAUCUCUCCUGCUCCAUCAUCAGAAUGCAAAGGUGUAAAACAAGGGGUGAAGAGAGAUUCCAAAAUCACCUCUCACUUCAUGAGGAUACCUAAAAUUGAGGAGAAAAGGAAAGAAAAGUGUGAAUUCAAACCCACAAGACCAGGAAGGAAGAUUCCUAAAUAUACACCACCUCCACUUCCAACUAAUAAGAAAUGGUUUGGGACACCGAUUGAAGAGAUGAGAAGAAUGCCUAUUUGUGGGGCCCGUCUUCCUCAUCUGCGACCCUCAGCCAAUCACACAGUAACCGUCAGAGUAGAUCUUCUGAGAGAAGGAGAGGUGCCUAAACCUUUUCCAACUCACUACAAGGAUUUAUGGGACAACAAACAUGUUAAAAUGCCUUGUUCGGAACAAAAUUUAUACCCUGUAGAGGAUGAGAAUGGAGACAGAACUGCUGGAAGUCGGUGGGAACUAAUCCAAACUGCCUUACUGAACAAAUUUACUUGUUCGCAUGAUUUGAAGGAGGCUAUCCUGAGGUACAAUGUUGCUUAUUCCAAGAAAUGGGACUUCACCGCUCUCACGGACUUCUGUGAGAAGGUUCUUGAAGAUGCAGAGGCUCAACAUUUGUUCCAGUCCAUUCUUCCCGAUAUGGUCAAGCUGGCUCUCUGUCUCCCUAGUAUCUGCACCCAGCCAAUACCUCUGCUGAAACAAAAGAUGAAUCACUCCAUCACAAUGUCACAGGAACAGAUUGCAAGUUUCCUGGCCAAUGCUUUCUUCUGUACUUUUCCACGUCGCAAUGCGAAGAUGAAGUCUGAGUAUUCUAGUUAUCCAGACAUUAACUUCAACAGAUUGUUUGAAGGACGGUCACCAAGGAAGCCUGAGAAACUUAAGACCCUUUUCUGUUAUUUUCGGAGAGUCACAGAAAAAAAACCUACAGGAUUGGUGACGUUUACAAGGCAGUGUCUGCAGGAGUUUCCAGACUGGGAAAGGUCUCAGAAAAAGCUGUCUAGAUUGCAUGUCACCUAUGAAGGCACCAUCGAAAGCAAUGGACAUGGUAUGCUACAGGUUGAUUUUGCAAACCGUUUUGUUGGAGGUGGUGUGACUGGGGCAGGACUGGUACAAGAAGAGAUUCGUUUUUUAAUCAACCCAGAGCUGAUUGUAUCAAGGCUCAUCACUGAAGUCUUGGAUCACAAUGAAUGUCUUAUCAUCACAGGCACUGAGCAGUACAGUGAGUACACAGGCUAUGCAGAGACCUACCGGUGGGCCAGAAGCCAUGAAGAUAAGACCCCAAGGGAUGAAUGGCAGCGACGCUACACUGAAAUUGUUGCUAUAGAUGCAUUUCACUUCAGACGUUUCCUUGAUCAGUUUGGUCCGGAGAAAAUAAGAAGAGAGCUCAACAAGGCCUAUUGCGGCUUCUCUCGAGCCAAUGUUCCACCUCAACACCUCUCUGCAAUAGCCACAGGAAACUGGGGAUGCGGUGCCUUUGGAGGGGACUCCCGAUUAAAAGCCUUAAUACAGAUACUGGCGGCUGCUGAGGCUGGUCGUGAUGUAGUUUAUUUUACCUUUGGAGAUGCGGAGCUGAUGCGGGAUAUCUACAGCAUGCACACUUUUCUCUGUGAGAAGGGCCAAACUGUUGGGGACAUUUAUAGGCUGUUACUGAGAUACUACAAUGAAGAAUGCAGAAGCUGUUCUACUUCAGGACCAGACGUUAAGCUGUACUCUUUCAUAUACAACACCAUUGAGUCCUAUGCAGAUUCUACCGACGAUGACGAUGAAGAAAAAGGGUUGUGCUUUGAGGAUUAAAAUAAAUGCAUUUGAUCAGAACAUCAUUCACCUCCUCCCACUGGUAUAUCGUGUGAAUUGCUGCGUAUCACGUAUGAAUUGGCUUCACUUAAUAUAUAUUGACUGCGUUGGUAGUUGCAUACAACACCCAAACAGUAAAACCACCUUUGAGAGACGAGAUAUUUCAUUUGAUGGUCUCGUAGAUUAAAACCUUUUCCAUGUGCAUACAGAGAAGAUUUCUUUGGUGAAUCUGGUUUGCAUUAUCCCUUGUUAAGCAGGAUAUUUUGGUACACAUUUGUAUUUCAGUCAAGAGAUUGCUGAAAAACCUGAGAAGAUUUCUCUGUGCUCCUUUGCCUUUACUUUUCAAAGAUCUUUUGCCCAGAUUUCUCACAUAAGCUCAGUGCUGGAGUACAGGCAGCCAUGUAGCUCCUGGGAUGAUUUUAGAGAGAAGUGUCGUGAUGAUCGUUCUUACUGAAAACUCUCAUUAUUUCAUUACCUCUUACCGACUAUUUUGUUCAUUUAACUUAAAGUUAUGCUGCAGGGCAUUCUGGUUUUAAUCUAUUUUUUUUACUACAUGUUUAAACAUGGGAAGACUGUGGAGGAACUAGAAUGCAUUUUACAACUUCAUAGUCUUUAUUGAAUCAAAUGUAAGUGGAUGAAGAAGCAGAGAAAAAAUGAAGUACGGGAGAGUGGGAAGAGGAGAAACGUGACCAAAGUUAGAAGUGGAGGGAAACAAUUUUAGCGUGAAGCUCCUCAAUACCUUUUUUCUGGUGCUUUUUGUCACAACACUGAACAAGGUCUCAGACGUGUUGGUAUAUUUCAGGUUUCUCCAGGUUCAUUGUUGUUGGCAACGUCGUGUGAAUUAGUCUGCUCAUUGUGUUUAUACUGCCAUAUCAGUUCUCCUUUUUCACAAUAUGCAUAUAUGUGAAUAAGAUACCCAUGGGAUAAUGAGAGUGAGGAAAUGGAAAUUGCUUACAUAUCAGUGGGAGGAAAGCCAGGAGGCUAUCGAUAGGAAUAUGAGGUCUUGUUAGGAGCUGGCACCUGUGUCUCUUUAGGCAUGGGAAGAAGAACAACGAAGAGAUGGUGAAAGAUGUGUAAAGACUGUGCUGCUACUCGCUCUGUGAAUACCAGAUUAGUGUUGCUGUAGUACAUCCAUAGUUGACACAAAACUGCAGAUACAGCUGUGAUAAAACCUUUCCAGGUCUAUGUGCAGGACCAGUUCAGUGAAACAUUUGUUUAUCAGUGAUUUAAGCCUAAAUUGCUGAGUUUAACCUCCUCUCUGUUAGAUUUCCUAGUCCAUCGUGGUUGCUAUUACCAGUUUAGCAAUACAAGUGAAAUCUACAGCAGGAAAUGUAGUGAGCUAAAGCCGUAGGAUCAGGAAACCCUUUUGGCUAACAUUGGAUAAAACCUUUCCAAGCCUGGAACACCACAUGGAUAUUAAACGCUGGAAGCUGUCUGGUUUACAACAAAGCACUUGCUGCCUGAGCUGCACUGGUGGAAAUGAGUGAAGAGUUUGGGUCACUUACAGACACCCUCAGAGCACUGCAUCUUGGCACUAAUGCCAAAUGUGUUGCUUGGAAGGAGAUAGACACAGCAGCUGAAGGGUUUAUUGCUAUUCUUCCCGCUAGCGGCAGUUUUCUCUGUCCCCAUCUGUUGUAAGGAAAAGAUCUGGGCUGCAAUUCGGGGACUUUUUCUGUGUUCGCAACUUGGGUCCUUAGAGUUAACAGAAAUCUUUUCUCCUGGUGUUCCAGAGUUGGCUCAGAUCCUGGCUGUAGGAAUCACUGGUUUAGAUGAAGCUCUUAUUUGGGCACUUGGGUUCAGCAGUGAGAGUGCUCUGAGAUGCUUUGCUGGUGAUAAAUGGACUUUGUUAAUUGAGACAAAGGAUGGAAAUUUGGUGCUAUCUGCCAAACCUUCACCUUACUGCUCAGGAUUUCCCAUCGAAAAGGUGAACAGAAUUUGUUCCUAAGCAACGGGGAGGAAAAUGUAGCAAAAAGCUGUGGGUGGCCAGAUCUGACCUCCCCUUCCUUGUAAAUAAACACAUCUUUAUUAGUGCAAUAUUAAUUUUCAUUGUGAGGGGAAGGGAUUUGUCAAGUGUGAAAAAUGUACCGCAGUGGGAUGGCAAAAAAUUCUACUUCAACUCCAGAAAUGGAGGAAUACAUUUGACUUUGGAAUGAGUCUCUGAAGCUCACAUUUGGGGAUCUAGUUAAGAGAUUUUGCAGUGUCAAGUGUUGCCAGGAUAAUCCCAGUUAUUUUACGCAGUCCAUGUUUUCACUGGUAUCUGAGGAUUUUCUAAAGUGGGGAAGAGUACUUUUUAUUUGGGAUCAUUCUCUAGGAGAUGUUUACCAUGUGUAUUCUUCCCCUAUAGAUUAUGGUUGUAUGGACGGGAGAAAAGGAAAAUGAACUCUGUUUAAUUAGUCAUGAGAAUAAGACGGAUAUAUCCUGCAUUCUGCUGCGUGUCCCUGAUUGGUAAAGGGCGAUGUUGUAAGGACACUUGGAAUGUGACUUUGAUCACAGGCUGGAGAUGAUCUGUCAUAGUUAUUUUGAGGGUAUUUUUAAGCAAAAUAGCCCAGAGUUAACCAAUUAACAACACUGUUACAUUCCCACAAUUUUCCAAUUCAAUAAAGAGCUAAACUGCCCGGAAUGCUGCAUGUGGAAGCAGGAAUUUUGCAUCAGCUCCCUCCAUCCUCUGCAUCUUUCUUUCUUUUUCCCUGCACCUUCCACUUUCCCUUUAUAAACGCCCUGAGAGGUGGUAUUGAGCCUGAGACGCCUUAGGGCACCGUGCUGGAAGCGGCGUGGAAGGGAGAGGCCGAUGACCUCUCUGUGCAGCCUCAUAAGCUUCAGUUUCACUCUCCUAGAAACCUCUUUAUGAAAUAUUUUGGGUUUGGGGUUUUUUAUUACUUUAGGGGUGUUUGCUAUAUGAUUUCAAAUCAACUUCCUACUGAAAUGUUUGUUUUAUACUUUUUAGCAGCUCAAUUGAACGCUGAAUCUGAAACAACAGCAGGCAGCCAUGGAGAUAGCAGUGUUGCCUCGUCGUCGUUUGGUGUCGGAGCACUUCUGUUGUUUUACAGAUCCUGCACCUAAAUUCCUCGGUUCUGAGGUGUUCUUAUCUAAUGAUGAGUACCCAUUACUGUACAUAUUAAUUUAUAAACUGGCAAAGCGUUCCUGACAUUCCUCUAAACUUACAGUUUAUGCACCGUUAUAUUAUAUUGAUUUUUUUCGGGAUCUGUAUGCUAAUGUUUACAUGAUUUUUGUAGGAAUAUGAUUAAAAAACUGACUGAAGCAAUACUGUGUGCUUU